AUGACGAGGAUUGGUGCUGUAGUGAAUGAUAUUCGGAAAAAAGUAGCUCAGUCAGCACCCGAGUUGUCGAAACGAUGUCGAUCACUGAUCAAAUGUUGGCAAAAAUUGGCCGAACCAAAGCCUGCGUCUAGUGGUUCUUCUUCGACUAAUGGUACUCCCAGUUACGCUUCUCCUGCGAUCAGAAAGGGUCUUACGCCAGGCACACCCGCAAAGGGUCCACGAGGUAUUUCUGGUGGCAGCUCAUGCCUUACACCUGCUGGAAACUCUCGCUUGACACCUUUAAGUAGUUCAGUUGUGACGCCAUCUGGAAGUUCAGGUUCACGGAGUACUGCUGCUUCACCAACAGUUUCAAAUGGACGUACUGUUACCCCUUAUCAAGGAUCCGGACAAGAAAUGUCGCCAAACGCUGCAGAACCUGGAAUUAUUCGAAAAUCACAUACAAUUGGUACUGAUCUCGCAAUAAAAGCAGUCGAAGGUUCAUUAUUAUCAGGUGGAGAAAUUAUUCGAAAUGGGAAGAGAAAAGGAGAGUAUACUGCAACCCCUGAUUUAGGAAUUACAAACGGGUUAAAUGCUGCGAAACGUCUGCACUACAGUUCUGCGUCGGUGUCUCCAGUAAUCCCACAUCAGUCACUACUUGCUGCUCGACGUGCUGAUGUGAAGUCGACAAGUGAAUUGGUUGCGCAGUUAACGGAGAAUUUGCCAGGCUACUUAGCAAUAAACAUAUCACAAAAUCGAAAUCCCAUCAGGAAUGAAUGUAACGAUAACGAGGGACAAGCAAGUGUAUUAUACAAUACUUCAGUUGCAUUUCAUGUUAUUCCAGACUAUCUUUUAAAGAACACGGGUCAAACAUCCAGAACGCUCUUUGCUCUUCAAACAGAAACUUCCAAGAAGAAAGAAAAGCGCAGUCGUUCUAAAAAAGAUAAAGAGGGACGUAUAAAAGGUCAAUCUGUUGCAGACGAAAAGGUGAUAACAGUGGGCAGUGAAAAGCAAGUUUUCUGUAAUCUUGAAUUUGAAUAUAUUGCUGAACUUACUAUUUUUAGAGCUUCGACAUCGGCAGUAGGAAAUGUAGAAUCGGUACUGGCAAGUAAUAUAUCAAAUAGCGAUCCUUCUACUAGUAAAAUGGUGGUACCUAUGCGUAACGGGAAAUAUGAUUGGUAUGCGAUGCUUCCAAGUUUAGAAACAUUGCGCAAUCGUGUGCAUUUCCGCUCCAAACCGUCCAGCAAUCAGCGAAAGUCAUACAUCAUGAAUGUACUGGGCAGGAAGGUAUUGGCCUUACCAUAUAUUGACGUUGGCCUGCCAGAUUUUUUGGAGUACCAAUUUCCAAAACCUGAAAGAUUUUAUGCAGAAGAAAACUUCAUAUACGGUGCUCCACGACCAAAUUGA